AUGAGCGAAGACGAUUGGAAAAAAAAUUUGAACAUACCUAAGAAGGAUACCAGGCCUCAGACAGAUGAUGUUUUGAAUACUAAGGGGAAUACGUUUGAGGAUUUUUACUUAAAGCGAGAAUUGUUGAUGGGUAUCUUUGAAGCUGGAUUUGAGAAACCAUCUCCGAUUCAGGAAGAGGCGAUUCCAAUUGCGUUAACGAGGAGGGAUAUUUUGGCGAGGGCCAAGAAUGGUACUGGUAAGACGGCUGCGUUUGUUAUUCCUACUUUGGAGAUUGUGAAGCCUAAGGUGAACAAGAUUCAGGCGUUGAUAAUGGUUCCGACAAGGGAAUUGGCGUUGCAAACGUCGCAGGUGGUGAGGACACUUGGGAAGCAUUGUGGGCUUUCAUGUAUGGUUACCACGGGCGGUACGAACUUGAGGGAUGAUAUUAUGAGGUUAAACGAGCCGGUACACGUUCUUGUUGGUACUCCAGGUAGGGUAUUGGAUUUAGCGUCUAGGAAGGUUGCGGAUCUAAGCGAGUGUUCUCUUUUUAUUAUGGAUGAGGCAGACAAGAUGUUAAGUCGUGAUUUUAAGUCUUUAAUUGAACAGAUUUUGUCGUUUCUACCUUCCAGUCACCAGUCUCUCUUGUUUAGUGCCACGUUUCCGCUUACAGUGAAGGAAUUUAUGGUGAAGCAUUUGAAUAAACCUUACGAGAUCAAUCUAAUGGACGAGUUAACUUUGAAGGGUAUUACGCAGUAUUAUGCAUUUGUAGAAGAAAGGCAAAAACUGCAUUGUUUGAACACUUUGUUUAGCAAAUUGCAGAUCAAUCAGGCUAUUAUCUUUUGUAAUUCUACGAAUAGGGUGGAGCUAUUAGCGAAGAAAAUUACGGAUCUCGGUUACUCAUGUUAUUACUCUCAUGCAAGAAUGAAACAACAAGAAAGGAACAAAGUCUUCCAUGAAUUCCGUCAAGGAAAAGUUCGUACUUUAGUUUGUUCGGACUUAUUAACUCGUGGUAUCGACAUCCAAGCUGUCAAUGUUGUUAUCAAUUUUGAUUUCCCAAAAACCGCCGAGACUUACUUACAUCGUAUUGGUAGAUCCGGGAGAUUUGGUCACUUGGGUUUAGCCAUUAAUUUAAUUAACUGGAAUGAUCGUUUCAAUCUAUACAAGAUUGAACAGGAAUUGGGAACGGAGAUUGCAUCAAUUCCUACGCAAAUUGAUAAGGCGUUGUAUGUUGCAGAUGAUACCACUGCUGUACCACUGCCUUUCCCUCUAGAUACAGUACAAGGUGCAAGUGAGCAGCAUCUACAACGGACUCUUCCUCUACAUAACCCAGCACAAGUUAAUGGGAUACCCCAACAGCAGUUGCCUUCGCAGAUACAACAACAACCAUUCAACCCAGCUUUUCAACAGGCCCAACCGCCUCAGCAGCUAUUUCCAACUCAGAUAUAUCAGCAAGGUGUUCAACCUCAGCAAUUUGCUCAAAUGCCACAAUAUUGA